CCUGCGUCCAUCUGCGUAUAACUGUUUGACCCAAUCUCUAUGACUAAUCUUACGUGACCUACAGAUAGUCAAGCGCCCAUUCGAUGACUUGGACUGACCUUCAAGAACAAAGGCCUAUCCAGCCCGUCAUCGUGUGGCUUCCCCCGUCAGAGCCCGGUGUCUCGGAUCCGGACGCGACCUCGAUUGUAUGCCAACGGACACAUGCGGGUUACACGAUAGAAUUGAUCUUGAACUUCAAGUUGGGCCCCAGAUAUCCAGCGCGACCUUCAAGAUCUCAAGAGGCGAACCCACGGGCAGGACUGAGUAUGCAAAUAAGUAGAUUGUGUCGGCGGCAUCGUCACAGGUCGUGUCGGAAGCCGCUCAGGUCGGCAGCCGAGGUCGAAAUACGAAGUUCCUCUCACGGAAGGUAGAUAGGCCCCAGGAAGGCUG